AUGGCCAAUUGCGAGCUGCUGGGCGAUUUUGGAGGCAUCCAGCUCUUCAGCGAUGGCAGAAUCGUCAGGCCCCAGUGGCCCGAUCCCGAUUGCCCUGCCGAUCCGAGCUUCGAGAAGGGCGAAUUUGGAUGCAAGGACGUGAUCCUGGACGAAGGAACGGGAAUGUGGGCUCGAAUCUUCGCUCCCAAAUCGGCUACAGUGAUCGACGAUGCUAGCUUCACCGGUAAGCGCGCGCUACUCGUCUACUUCCAUGCCGGUGGAUUCGCUUCCACCUCUCCUGCUUCGAUGCGAUCCCACAGUAUUUGCAGUGGUAUCUCCCGGAAGAUGGGGAUGAUCGUCGUCUCCGUCGCCUACAGGCUAGCGCCGGAGCACCGCCUCCCCGUGGCAUUCGACGAUUCUUUCGCGUCUCUUCAGUGGCUUCAGUCCCAGGCCCAGCAAUCGCCCAUGGAUCGCGACCCGUGGCUCAAGAACGCGGACUUCUCCCGGAUCUUCCUCAUGGGCAACAGCUCCGGAGGGACAAUCGUCCACUACAUGGCUGCCCGGUCGAUCCACAGGGACCUCUCGCCGCUGGGGAUCAAAGGUCUGGUUUCAGUGGCUCCAUUCUUUGGCGGCGAGGAGAGAUCCAAGUCCGAGAUCCAGUCGCUGGUCCAGCCCGACCUUCUCACACUCGCCCAUUGCGAUACUCUCUGGCGAUUUUGUCUCCCCGAGGGUGCCAACCGCGACCAUGGUUACUGCAGAGUUCCGAGGGCCGAGGAGAUCGCCAAGAUCGAUCCAAUGCCGCCAUUGCUGGUGGUGGUGGGAGCUGGAGACGUGCUCUACAGCCGCGUAGUGGAGUACUACGAAGAGCUCCGGAAAGCUGGGAAGGAUGCAAAGCUUGUAGAAUAUCCAGAUCGAGGCCAUUUCGUGCUGUUUCCAGAGGUCGAGGGAGAAAUGGAGUACUCGUACGGAGAGAUGAUCCAGUUCAUGAACAAGUGCUCCAGCCUUUGACUUAAUUAAUCUAUAGUUUCUCCCAAUAAUCAGGUUUAAACUCUUAUUUUUGGUAGGGUUGCCUUAUUUAGUAUUAUUUAUUAAUCCAUUUGAUCAAUAAUU